UGUGAUGUCAUCAAUACGCGACGGGAAUCGUCCUUCACCUACGCUAAUGUUGCGUACGCUUUGUAAAUAUACAAAGUUCCAGGUUUUUAAUAGAAAAUCGGCAGUGUUAAGUGGGACUGUAACCUCGGCAAUUUGAUUCAUCAAAUGAUGACGGCCGCUCCAAACGCAGUUGAACGAAAGGCUUGCUGGGAUGCCAGAGAUUUACUUUGGAAAUGUCUGGAUGACAACGACGACAAAGCUGCCUCCUGUCAGAGUUUCCAAAAAGAUUUUGAGGCAAAAUGCCCACUACAGUGGGUCAAGUAUUUCAGCAAAAGGAGAGACUACUUGAAAUACAAAGAGAAGAUGGAAACAGAGGGAUUCGCACCUAAUGAGGGCCCCAAACAGCCCUCCUAACAUGAAAAAUGGACUUUCCAAUCUGCCUACUGGCCUCGAGGACUCCUGCUUGAUCUGAAUUAUUUAUGUAAAACUAAAAAAAUUGAAACAUGCUGGUUUAAUGAAUUUUAUUCUUGUACACAUAGUUGGUUUUCGUAACUCUGACGCCUGUUAAUGCAGGCAACCAGCUCUUUUUGUUACAAGUCUCUAUGUGUUUACAAAAAUGUACUCAAAGGUCUCAGCAGCGACUCCAUUGAGUUGUGUUCAGCUUGAAACUUGAAUAAAUU